AUGAUUCAGGGUAGUCGUAUGACGUGGCCCGUUCCCCGAACCAUUGCCCGAACUGACGAUUGACCCGUCGAUGACGUCCUUCUCUCGCCGGCCACCAAAUCUUCACCCUCCGCCGCAGGUCUUCCAACGAGUCCAUCUCCAACAAGGGUCAGUCACCUAUACUCUUUGCAUGAGCUGUCAUAUUCUGUAGUCUGCUGGUUUGGGACGACAUGCCGAAUGCCGGCUGUGCAGUGGCAGUGGCAGUGGCACUUCGAGAGCUUCCUUAGCUGCAACCCGGGAGCCCUCGCCCGACACGGCCACAGUUUCCCGAUCACGCUCAACGUCACUCUGCCCCGCUGAAAUCUGAAACCGAUUGCUGACUCGCUUCGCCACCCCCCUUUUUUCACCACCCGACAGUCGGAAACGCCACCGGUGGUACCGUCGGUGACGAGACGAUCCUCCACCAAGCCACCAACCUCGCCUCGCACUCGGUCGAAUACGCCAAGUCCGUCGUCGGCCUUGGCGGUCACAAGGCCGCCGAGUCCGUCGAGGACGCGACCGAGAACAAGCAAGGUGGCGUCACUCUUGGUGGUCUCGUCAACGAGUCGAGAGAUUUGGCUGCCAAUGUGCUCCACACCGUUCAGGGGUCAGUGCAAUUGCUAUUCCAGCCUUUGACCUGGUCCAGACCGAGCGAGGGUUUUCUCCCGGCGCAGGAUUUUCGAACUGGCUAGAUCCUGGGCAGGGCACUUCCGACGAGAGAUUUGCAUGUACUGACUCAUCGCACCCUUCCAAUUAUGUGUAGUGUCGUUGCCGGUGGCGCUCAACAGGCCAAGGAGACUGCCCAUGAGGGUGCCGACCAAGCCGAGCCCCAAGGCAGGGGUGUCGUCCAGAAGGUCCGAGAGGUCGCUGCCAGCGCCAUUGGUGCCGCCGAGAAGUGAGUGCGGUGGCAUCAAGGCUAAAAUCCGAUAUCGAUGCUGAUUUGUGUCGGAGCUACCCGUCACACAGCAUCAUUGCGACCGGCGCCAAGAAGGUCGAAGAGGGAGCCGACGAGCUCAGCAACUCGAGCACACAAGAGUCAGUUCUAGCUGAAUCGAUCUGGGGUUAGCGUGCACAGAACUGAUGAAUUAGGACAUAUCCUUCCCCAACCAGCUUGAAGAACAAGGCUUCCAAUGCUUACGACUCGGCAGCAAAGUCCGCUUCCAACACCGCUGACGGCCUUUCCAAGAAGGCCGACUCGGCUGCAUCGGUGAGUGCACGGAAUCUAAGAAGAACGCUUCCACGCCCAUGGGAUGCUAAUUGAGCCAAGUGUUCCUACUCAUAGGACGUCUCGAAGAAGGUUGGCGAGAAGACCAAGUAA